AUUGUGGUGACACAGACUGACUGCGGUUUCUUGCUACAGACACAUUUGUUGUGUUGUAGUUUGAUGUUGUGUGUAUUGAGUACAAUGAUUCAUCUCUAACUCAGAAACAGUCUUCAACAUGUCCUCAUGUGAAAACCUGAACUGAACCUGAGCUCCAUUCGUUGACAUCAUGAGUACCUCCUUUUGUUUUUGUUGUUUUUGUGUAGCUGCAGCGUCUGACGUCAGCUCUAACAAACCUCCUCCUGUGUUUUCAGCUCACAGAUUACAUGAAGCUCUGCUGCCGUCUCGAGCUAAUGAUGUUGGUUUUCCGAACUUUCGGGGUGAUGGAUGACCUCUAAAAAACUCUGCUAAUUUUCUCCGUACAUGCAUUGAUGCGUGAGUGUGUGUGUGUGUGUGUGUUUCAUUGUGUGUUUUAGGCUCCGGGGCCUGGACGAGGAAACGGUGAUGUCAUGCUGAAUAAGGGCUCUGCUGCCAGCUGAAGGGCUGAUCUGGACACGCUGGCAGACGGACAACAGAGACAUCUCUACUUGUUAAAGGAGGAGCAGCCCUGGACAAACCACCUCCGAGGAAUAAUCUGGAGUGAAGAUAAAACAGAGCAGACGUUUGCUCCCCCCCUGCAAACUUUCACCUCACAGCCCUUGUCCAUCAACCCCCCUUCCCCUCGAGCCAAACCCUGAGCAGCACUGACUGAGGAUACACAUUCCCCACUGACAAGAGGAUCUAACUUCUGUUCAGAGAGAGUCACCAGUGGCCGUAGCUGCACGGAUGGAAGCCCCAACUCUGGCUGAGAUGGGAGACUUGUGUCACCCCUGCUCUUCCUCCCCAGAGGGGGAGACGGUGUGUGAUGCUCUGGCUCGUUUUGAGAAUACCCUCCGUGAUGCCAUCAGGGAGAUCCAUGUGGACGUCAGUGUUUUUAAGCUGGGCAUGGAGCGUCGCAUGGAGGAGACAGCCACCCUGAGUGGGCCUCUAGGACGAGCUGUCACUCAGCUCCAGCAGGAGAACCGACAGCUCAGGAGUCAGCUAGAGACUCUUACCCAACAGGUGGAGCUCCUGAGUGGGAUGACGUGUGACAGGAGCACCUUGAUCAACAACAACAACCACAACCACAGUCAGAACCACAAGAACCACCUCAGUGACAUUCAGGAGAACCAUCAGGAGAUAAAGGAGGUCAUCUACGGGAAAGGAGAGGCUCACACUCAGAGUCAGGCUCACCUCCACUUACAGUCCUGCAGCCUGGGCGGCCCGGCCCAGAACUACAGCAGCCAGUCCAGUCCUGCAUCACCACCUGCAGCCUUCUCCACCUCCCCGAGCUCCAGCAGUCCUCCUGUUGGCUCCAGAGUUUCCUCCAUGGUGACGGGCCCCGUGUCGAGCAGCAGUCCAUCCGCCGCCCGCUUCUCCAGCCGAGCCACGUUCGCUGUGUCAAGCAAGACUAAUAGUAUCGAGCGAGAGGAGCCAAUAGAGGUGGACCCCACCCCGACACAUGCUGCACUGGAAAAUGGACACACUGCCGCCACAGCAGAACAUGAAGCGUUGGUACACGGGAAGAUCUCUCCACCCCAUGACUUCCCACACGAGCACACGGCCCCCGUCGCCAUGCGGAUGCCCCACCUCCCCAUCACUGCUACAACCAAGACGGCAGAAAUGAAGGGCCCCGACUCUCCCAGCAGCCCUGUCGGCUCCCGGUCCUCUCCUGUCUCUGAGGCCUCACCAAGCGGCCAAUCAGCUGCCAGAACCAGCCAGAACCAACCAAUAGAGGAGUCUCCAGUUCACCCAGUAUCCUCCACAUGGACACCUCCACCUGUCAGAGCUCUGGGGUCUCCCCUCCUUCAAGAAAAAGUAAAUUCCGCCCCCGCUAAGUCUGUGACGUACUCUGGACUCCUGCAGCAUGACAGAGACGGCGAUGUCCGCACUGACAGAUCCUUCGGGCAGGUCGGAGAGAGGAAGAGGGAGCUGGUGAGGUCUCAGACUCUCCCUCGUAACAUCGGAGCUCAGGCUCGUCGAUCCAUCUUUGAGAGGCUGGAGUCUGAAGCCAACAACAGUCGUCCCAAACCAGUGGACUCCAAACCCAAACUGAAGCGGUCUCAGAGUUUUGGGGUUUCCAGCGCCAGCAGCAUCAAACAGAUCCUCCUCGAGUGGUGCCGCUCCAAAACCAUUGGAUACCAGAACAUCGAAAUGCAGAACUUCUCGUCCAGCUGGAGCGACGGGAUGGCUUUCUGCGCUCUGGUUCACUCCUUCUUCCCCACCGAGUUCGACUACACGGCUCUGUCCCCCGCCAACCGCAAAUACAACUUUGAGCUGGCUUUCGGCACCGCAGAGGUGAAGGCAGGCUGUGACCGGCUCAUUGAGGUGGACGACAUGAUGAUCAUGGGCCGUAAACCAGACCCCAUGUGUGUCUUCACCUACGUCCAGUCCCUCUACAAUCACCUGCGCAAGUUCGAGUGAAGACUCAACCGCUCUGCUCGGUUCUCCUCUUCAGCCUCUUCUUCAUUUUCUGAACCUAACUCUGAGCACAGAGGAGCUGCAGAGCUGCUGGGGGAGUGCUGUGAAAAGACUGCACCGCCCCCUGGUGGUGGGUUACUGAACAUUCCUCUACAUGCUGCAGGAUGAGUGCUCUCACCUCACAGGAGCACAGAGGACAAUGACUCUGUGGGAGGAAGCUGAGCGUCCUGUAAAGAAUGAAGAAGAUGAUUACACACAGAUAUCAGGGUGGUUUAUUUUUCAUGUGUGUGUUUCUGUGUUUCUAUGUAUCUGUUUGUGUGUGUGUGGAGACAUUUUGGACAGAGUGCAUCUAUUGCUGUGUUGUAAAAGUGUCCUUAAUAACCUUUAAAUUGCACCGAUAGAUGAUGUAUGUUUCACAGAUGUUCCACUGAAUAACUGAGCUGCAGGUUUCUGAUGAAUCAGAGUAAAAGUUAAAUGAUGCGUUGGCUGAUAUUUACGUCCACAUGUGCUGUGAUGUCGUGUUCAAUCAAAUAAACUGCUCUGUUUGACUCCUG